UCUUCUUCUUCUUCUUCUUUAUUGACCCGCUAAUAAUUACUAUUGUAUUAUAUAUUUUUUCUUUUUCAUGGACUCUCCUUUGAUCUACUCCCAAUUGAUAAAUCUCGAAGACUCCGAAGCAGAAAGUUCCGAUGAAUUGUCAAGCAAAUUUAUAGCAAAAGACGAUGACGUUGAUGAUCCCACAGCCAUCUAUGAUACUCUAGAUUCAUAUAAUAAACUUUACUUAAACUGUCUUCAACCCUACGAGUAUAAUAACCAUCCUUUUGAUAAACCUAUUCUUAAAGACGCGAUCAUUUGCGAUGCUCCUCUAGGAAUUGCCUAUGACGAUUCUUUACAACAAACCAUAGAUCAGCAAAAGGAAUCUUACAGCUGGAUAUACAAUGAUCCUACAGAUAAUAUCGUAAAAUCACCUGGUAAUUCUCGAGCCUACGUUAAUCUCAAUGACAUUAACUCGUUUGUGGCAAAGAGAGACUCCAUUCACCAUUCGACACUGUUUCCUUACAGUGAAGAUCCAUAUGGCUAUCUAGACAACUAUAUGCCUCCGACUGUAUUCGAAGAUAGUGAUCUGGAAGAUGAGGAAGACGAGGACGAAGAUGAUGAAGAUGAAGAGGAGGAUGGCGGCGGCGAAGGUGAUGACGAAGGAGGCAAUGAUGAUGAUAUAUUCUCUGAAGACGAAUGGCCCUUCUAUAACGUAACAGCUUCAGCAAGCACGUUCCAUUCGGACAAUCAAGCAAAACUCACCAUCAAGAUCAAAAAGCCCUUUUCGACCACUGCGAUCAAUAGCACUCUCUUUGAUGACUGGACCUUGCCUAAUGGUCAAACAACAAUGGCUGCGAAUAUAGCAAAUAUAGCAACCGCAGCAGCAGCAGCUGCUGCAUCCGCGUCGUCAUCAUCAUCGACAACAACAACAUCUCUUGCUAACGCUCACAAAUAUCGCAAGUCAAUGCCAAAUAUCCAAGCAGCUACCUCGAAAAAGUCAAAACCAAAGACAGGUCGACGAAAAAGUACACCUUUUCGUUUACCUGAAAAGAGUAAAAGCUCCAAUAGUCUCUGUCUCAUGACAGCUUCCUCUUCUUUAUCAUCACUUUCAAGUAACCUCAAAAGGUCUAUGAAAGUAUCAGAUAGCCUGAGCUCUUUACUAACUCUCGAAAGCGAUUUGGCCGAUACAGAGCAUGAAGACCUUACCGCACAAGAAACUGAAGAGGACAAACAGCUGCUGUUAAAGCAAAAAGCCAAGGCGCUCACUUUAGGUGUACAAAUAAAAAAGGGGAAAAACGUAGAUAAAGCUUGUAAUCAUUGUAAGAGAUCUCAUCUACGCUGUGAUGACAUGAGACCUUGUCGUCGGUGUAUUGCUACUGGUAAGGUUGGUUGUAAAGAUGUACAACAUAAGCCUCGUGGUCGACCAAAGCUUAUAAAGAAUCAAUAAUAAAUAUAAUUGUGUAUCCUUUUUUUAAAUGUCUGCUCUA